GGUAAUAGGGAAACGCGACCGAAAGACGUCAUGACAGUCAGUAGCGUGAAAGUCAUGAUGGUUGCUUUACCGAUUCCCGAGCUUACCGGUGUUGGGCUGUUCAGAUGACGCCGGAGGCUGGCUACAAGGCGCAGGGCUAUAACGGACGAGUUAGGGACGGGCCGCAGUAGUGGAGAAAGGCGCAAUGCAGGCCGGCGGUGUGACACCGGUGUCUCCUCAGAGCACGUCUAAUUCAGCAUUAUCAUGGGCUCACAAAGUGAAACAAGCUCCGAAAAAUGUGAUCCCUUCAACUACCUCAUUGAAAGUUGCCUGCUCUUCACCUAGCAGCUUCAGGAAUCGCUAUGUACAGGGUGAUGACAAGCUGUUACCGACCCCUUACAUAGCUAAAGAAACUGAAGAAGUGGUAGAAAAGAAAAAAAGAAAGCAAAAGAAAAAGAAGAAAAGCAGCGGAGUUCCAGAAACUGUAAAGUCCACAAAUGAAAUUGUUGUUUUUCAAGAACCCCCAAAAUUUCAGGAUGAUGAAGAGUUCCCUGACCUCAUCUCUUCUGCAGGUGGCUCUGAGAGAGGUAACAGCAGCAAAAGUAACAGUAGUUACACCUGGGGACCAAGAGAGGCAUUGGAGUCCUCAAAGACAAAAGGAAGUGGGAAAAAGAGCAAAACACCUGUAAAGCUGGAUUUAGGGGACAUGCUGGCUGCAUUGGAGCAGAAGCAACACACCGUGAAAGCCAAGCAGUCGGCUAAGCCCAUAGUCUUAUCUGUUGGCGGUGGUAUACCUGUGCUAUCGAGAGAGCCAGUCACUGUAACCAAACACACGCAAUCAAAGCAAGGCCUAGCACCGCACAACCCCCUUGAUUCUAGCGCUCCUCUGGUUAAGAAAGGGAAGCAACGAGAGGUGCCCAAAGCCAAGAAACCAACUUCACUGAAAAAGAUUAUUUUAAAAGAGCGAGAACAGCGUAAGCAGCUCCAGUCUUCACAGUCCCAAGAUGCGGCCCAGCCAGUGGUAGAGAUUUCACCGGAUAAUGUAGAAUGUCUAGCAGAGAGCCAGACCUUACCAGAACAGUCUCCACCUUCUCCACACCCCAGUGAUAUGGCAGCAGAGAAAAGACUGGAGUCAGAUGAUACCAUUACUCUUCGUGACCAUUCAAAGGAUAUUCCUGAUGCCACUGAGGUUGCUCUGCCUAUUCAUCCUCCAAGUUCCAAUCUCCCCAAAAUUCACAGCCGACGAUUUCGUGAGUAUUGUAGCCAGGUGCUCAGCAAAGAAGUGGAUACCUGUGUGACAGAUCUACUGAAGGAGCUGGUCCGAUUCCAGGAUCGCUUGUAUCUUAAAGAUCCAGUGAAGGCAAAGGCCAAAAGGCGUCUGGUGAUGGGUUUACGGGAAGUGUUGAAACACCUGAAACUAAAGAAACUCAAAUGUGUAAUAAUUUCUCCCAACUGUGAAAAGAUACAGUCUAAAGGUGGUUUGGAUGACACUCUGCAAACAAUUAUUAACUGUGCCUGUGAGCAGAAUGUUCCCUUUGUGUUUGCACUUAAUCGCAAAUCUCUGGGCCGAUGUGUGAACAAAGCUGUCCCUGUUAGCGUGGUUGGGAUAUUCAGUUAUGAUGGAGCCCAGGGUCAUUUUCACAAGUUAUAUGAGCUCACAAUGAAAGCCAGAGAAGCCUACACGGACAUGGUUACCUCAUUACAAGAGCAGCAGAAAGAAGAUGAGGUAGAAGGGAAUGACUUAGAAAACACUGAGCAGAAACCUGUGGAAGUGAGCACUGCGUACACUCCAGACGAUGCAGAUGAGCCAAACUAUAGUGAGUACCACCAACAUCCUCAUGUGUCACAUCCAGCCUCUGUUUAA